AUGAGCGGAUACGGGAACAACCCGUAUGCCCACGGCCAGGGCAAUCAAUGGUACGGCGAGGAGAUGGUCGAGAUGGACGAGCGCGACCAGCAGCAGCAGCACCAGCGUUCCGAGAGCUACGACCGAGUCGCUCCGAGAGCCGCCGUCAAACCCGUCCGGCCGGGCCUCGCCCUGAACAACAGCAACUACAGCAGCAACAACAUCAGCACCACCACCACCGCCGUCGCCAGCACCGACUACAACGGCCCCUACACCCCCUACAGCCCGUAUAGGAGGUCCAUGGCCGAGUCCUUCGUCACCAGCCCCGGCGACUCGCGGUCCGCCACCCCGUCUCUGGCCACCCUAAAGUACCAGAAUCAUCACUUUCAGAGCCACGCCAGCUUGACUGAGCUCGUGAGCCAGCCCUCAUCCCCCGUGCUCGCCAAAGACUGGGUGCAGCCCGGCUCUAUUGCCCGCCUGCAUGACCGCGACGAUGCCGAUAUCUGGAAGGGCUGGAAGCGAUGGCUGUUCCAUCUCGUGCCCAUCCUGACCUUUGCCAACAUGGGCCUGUACAUCGCCUACCUGGCUCUCCGCAUUGCCUGCGUGAUCUUCGCCCAGAAUGUCAACCACAUGGCCUUCCCCGGUGCCUGGGUUUUUAUUGCCAUUGAAAUCGCCGUGUCUAUUCCCUCGCUGAUGCACAACUGCUGGACCAUGAUGGCCAUGAAGAAGAGAUCCCGUGCCAAGCUGAGGCUGACUGGUGACGAAGUCCCCACCGUUGAUGUCUUCAUCACCUGCUGCGGUGAGGAAGACGACGUUGUCAUGGACACCUUCCGUGGCGCCCUGGACCAGGACUACCCUCGCGACCGCUUCCGUGUCAUCUUGCUCGACGAUGGUGCGUCUGCCAGUCUGGAAGAUGCUGUCAACCAACUCGGACAGACCCAUCCCAAUGUCUUUUACAUGGCCCGGAAGAAGAUCCCCGGUGUCCCCCACCACUUCAAGGCCGGUAACCUCAACUACGGUCUUGACCAGACUCGUCUGCUGCCAGGAGGCGCUGGCCAAUUCAUGGCUGCUCUCGACGCUGACAUGAUUCCAGAGCAGGAAUGGCUCCGCGCCGUUCUUCCCCACCUACUCAUCGACCCUAAGAUGGCCCUUGCAUGCCCUCCGCAGCUGUUUUAUAACACCCCGCCUUCGGAUCCUCUUGCCCAGAGCUUGGACUUUUUCGUCCACGUCAUCGAGCCAAUCAAGGACGCAAUGGGUGUCGCCUGGUGCACUGGUUCUGGUUAUAUUGUUCGCCGUGACGCUCUCGACGAAAUUGGCAACUUCCCGCUCGGCUCUCUUGCUGAAGAUGUCGCAACCUCGACUCUCAUGCUCGGCAAGGGAUGGCACACCGCAUACGUUCACGAGCCGCUCCAGUUUGGUACUGUCCCCGAUGACUACGGCUCCCACUUGAAACAGCGUACUCGUUGGGCCAUUGGAACCGUUGAUACUGCUGUCAAGCUCAAGUUUUCUCUCUUUGGCGAGGCUGUGCGCCAAAUGAGCGUCGCCCAGCGCUUUUCCGGUUUCCUCUAUGCUACGCUGAGUGUCUACACCAUCUUGCUCACUGCCUCCAUGUUUGCCAUUCCCAUUAUUCUCUUGUGGGGUAAGCCUCUUGUGGCCUAUGCCAAUGACGAGCAGCUCCGAUGGCUCAUGCGUGCCUGCUUUGCUGCCACCCUGUCCAACCGUCUUUGCGAGUUUGUGCUCUUCAUCCCUGCCGGUUACCACACCGGACAGCGUGGAUCUCGCUACCAGCUUUGGAUGGCCCCUUAUAUCGCCUUGUGCAUUGUCCGCGCCUUUAUCCUGCCUACAUGGCUCGGCGGUCAAGCCCAAGCCUUCAAGCCGACUGGUUCGCUGAGCUCAGCUCUCGAGGAACGUGACCCCAAACGCAGAAAGAACAUGUUUGUUCGUUUGACGACGAUCCUGUUCAACUACAUGGCUAUCUUUCACCUAUCGUUUGUAUACGUGACUGUGGCAGCUGUCAUUUUGUCGUCGUAUCGCUGCUUCUUCCAGCAGUCUGGCUUCAAGGACGUGUUUAUUUGUCUCAUGACGCAUGCAUUCUGGCCGCCGUGCACUUUCCUGUUUAUUUGCACCUCGCUUUGGAUUCCUGUCUCGUAUGCCAUCGACCCCCCAUCGAUGCCAGACCGGGAGGACCUGUUGAAACGCGACUCCAAGACCGGCGUUGCCCACCCCACAAGUAAGAGCAAGCGCAUCGCCUUUGGCGGACAAGCCGCCUGGUUCGAGCUCGAGUACACGGUGGCUACAGCCUGGACCAUUGUGGUCUUUGUCUACUCUUUCUUCUUCUAA